UCUGGGAGGGACGGCAGGAGACGGGAUGGAUGAUCGGAAACCGCCCAGCCAGGCCAAAGACUGUGAGGUGCCAGCCGACGGGGGUGCGUUUUCGGAAGAGCGGGGUGGCACGGAAGGAGACCCCCUGAAGCCGCCGGAAGGGGCCCCCACUGCCCAGGAGCCGGAAGCCAAGGAGCCGCCCCAGGCCUGCAGCGCCCUGCCCAGGCGUUGCGCCCUCUGCAACUGCGGCGAGUGGCGCCUGCAUGGGCAGGGGAAGCUCCAGCGUUUCGAGCCGGCGCCCGACUGGACUGAGCGUCUCUCCGGGCUGCCGGCCGGGAGGGGCCCUGGCGAGACUCUGGCCCCUGGGGGCGACCUGUCCCUGAUCGGCUUCGCGGAGGGGGUGUCGCCAGGAGAGCUCUUCGAGCCAACGGGGCACUGCUGGGCCCACCACUGGUGCGCUGCCUGGUCGGCGGGGGUGCAGCGGCAGGCCGGAGCUGGGCUGAGCAACGUGGACAAAGCUGUUUUCUCAGGGAUCUCGCAGAAAUGUGAACACUGUCAGAGGAUGGGUGCUACCAUUCAGUGCCACUCGGAGGGGUGUCCGCGGCACUACCACUUCCCGUGCGCGGCGGCCAGCGGCUCCUUCCAGUCCAUGAAAACCCUCUGGCUCCUGUGCCCGGAGCACGUGACCGAGGCAGUGCAGAUGGAGGACUCGCGAUGCAUGGUUUGCGACGGGCCGGGGGACCUGCGCGACCUGCUCUUCUGCACCAGCUGCGGGCUGCACUACCACGGCACCUGCCUGGACGUCCCCGUCACGCCGCGCAAGCGCUCUGGCUGGCAGUGUCCCGAGUGCAAAGUCUGCCAAACAUGCAGACAGCCCGGCGCGGACUCCAUGAUGCUGGUGUGCGAGGCCUGUGACAAGGGCUACCACACGUUCUGCUUGAAGCCGGCCAUCGAGAGCCUUCCCACGGACUCCUGGAAGUGCAAGAACUGCCGGGUGUGCUCUGACUGUGGGUCACGGCCGGCGGCGCUCGACCCCGGGUGCCACUGGUAUGAGAACUACUCGGUGUGUGAAGGGUGUCAGCGGCACCGGAACGCGGCGGGAGGCACCGAUGCCGCGCGGCGCUGCCAGAGCUGCCAGAAGCCCUUGCCCCCGGAUGGCAGCGACGUGGCAGGGGGUUCCACCUGCCUGGCGUGUCAAGGGCAGCAGAAGCACACGCAGCCAGACGGGGCCGUGCCCCAGGAAGAGAUGCCCUCGGGGUGUGAAGCCAAACCACUAGGUCCCGCUCCAGAGGCGGAGGAGCCGGAGGAGGCGCCAGACCCGGCAGCACCUGCCAAGGACGAGGCGACAGAGCCGACACCCCCCGAGACGGCCCCUGAACCACCAGCCCUGCCCCCAGCCCCCCCAGACCCCCCCGUUGCCACGUCGCCCGCCCGCCCGGAGGAGCGGCCACCGGAUGCCAAAGAGGAACUGGCCCCCGAGCAGCCAGCGGGACCCCCUGCCAUCACUGCGGCCCUGCUGGAGCCUGCGGGCAGCCCCCAGCCCCCCACGGAGAAGGACGGGCUGGAGGAGAGCCGGGGCCGGGGGGAUCCUGAGUCCAGCCAGACCCCGGUCAGCUUCACCAGCGAGCCUAAGGGGUCCCCCAUGCUGCUGGAGCCCGAGGAGCUGGGCCCAGCCACCCCGAUGGAGGUGUAUGGGACGGGCGGGAAGCUGCUGGAGCGUGGGGAGGAAGUGGGCCCCGAGCCCCCCAUCCUGCGGCCCCGUCCCACCCUCAUCAAGUCAGACAUCGUCAACGAGAUCUCCAACCUGAGCCAGGGCGACACCAGGAGCAGCUUCCCCGGCUCGGAGCCCCUGCUGGGCUCUCCGGACCCCGAGGGCGGGGGCUCGCUCUCCAUGGAGCUGGGCAUGACCUCCACCGACAGCCUGCAGAAGGACGACGCCGGCUCCCUGCCCCACUGCACCGACUCGCUGGCCGAGACGGACGACUCGCUGCUCUUCGAGCCAGGCGCUGGGGCCAAGGGCGAGGGGGAGAAGGGGCGUCGGCGCAGCUCGCCGGGGCGCUCCCGUGUCAAGCAGGGUCGCAGCAGCAGCUUCCCGGGGAGGAGGCGCCCCCGAGGCGGGACCCAGGGGGGCCGGGGCCGGGGCCGAGCUCGGCUGAAGUCGACCACCUCGUCCAUUGAGACCCUCGCGCUAGCGGAUAUCGACAGCUCCCCCAGCAAGGAUGAUGACGAGGAGGAGGAUGACACCAUGCAGAACACCGUGGUGCUUUUCUCCAACACGGACAAGUUCGUCCUCAUGCAGGACAUGUGCGUGGUGUGCGGCAGCUUCGGGCGCGGGGCGGAGGGGCACCUGCUGGCCUGUUCCCAGUGCUCGCAGUGCUACCACCCCUACUGCGUCAACAGCAAGAUCACCAAGGUGAUGCUGCUGAAGGGCUGGCGCUGCGUGGAGUGCAUCGUCU